AUGGCUCCUGUCUCAUUCUCCCUGUUCGCCCGCAACUUCAACCUCAGUACCACGCCUCCGCUCUUCACCAACCAGCUAAACAACCCCACAGACAUCUUCUCUGUGCUGCUGAUCCUCGGCGGCGAUGUUGUGAAUCGCGCCAUUGCGCAAUUGGCGGGGCCACGAGUGACUCCAGUAGCAUUUUCAUUCGGCUGGGUGGCCUACAUCAUGACCGCAUUGGUAACAGUUAUCGGCGAACACAGACUGAUGCCACUCCCCGACAGUCCAUGUCACGUCAUCAAUGGGAAAACCGGCUAUGUGCGGACGAACCGCAGCUGGAUUCUGGGACGCAUGAUGCGAGACUACGAAGUAUGGAUGGACUUGCGUAUCCGACGGCACGUACAGGACAUGCUCACUCGACGAUGGGACAAGAUGCGCGAAGAAGCGGAACGACACCGACCCGGGAGUGGGAAGAUGAUUGCGCGCCCGAAGCGUGCCGGUCUCUGUGUUUCUGUUUACCGGGCGGAGAGGGCGCAGAUUGGUCGCCAUGCGUACGACUGGUUGUGGUAUUUGGGAUUGGUGACGGCCGGAGUGCAGUUGGGGAUAGCGGCAAUUCCGCUGGGGGUGGAGGGAGAUUGGAGUGUGAUGUUGGUGACUGGAGCGGGGAUCGGGUUGUCGAUUGCGACGGGAAGUUUGAGACAGUGGUCGAGGGAGAAAUGGGCCUGUCGCGGCGAGACGAGGAAGACGGUGGUGUUGACGAGGGGAAAUGGUAGUCAGCAUGCGAUUGUGAUCGUGGGCGAUGGGAAGGGGUUGGAUUUGGAGGAUUUGGCCGCGGGGCCUGGCGAAAUGGAGGAUACGAAGCUCUCCCGGAUGACGCAGGCCGUGGUGACGGUGUUGGCAGUGUUGUGGACGUUGUUGUUGAUUCUCGCGGCUGGGUCAACCAUGCAUACAUGGUUUCUCCUGGCGGUUGGCGCAGUGGGUAUCGCGGAGAAUAUCCUGGUCGCCGGGUCGCCCAGGAUGCCGGCAGCUUAUGGCGUGCACUUGGCUUUCCAGGAGGUCAUUGGGGAGGCGAAGGUGAUGGAUACGCUGUUCGCGGUCGAGAAGGCGUAUCCUCACGUGGGACGCAGUAUGUUAGAUACAUUCUUCCCGGGGAAGUUAAGGUCAAAAGAACUGGCUCGUUGGGAAGAGCUGGGUCAGUUGGCUGAUGCUAUGGAAAAAUCACUAAAGGAGUAA